UCCCUCGUGGUUAUAUCCAAAAACUCUAUAUAAAUGUUGAAAAUGUCGUUCUCGAAGGCGAAGCUGAAGAGAUUCAACGAUGUGCCAGCCGUUUCAUCUCCUUCAGCGUUCGCUGAACCGAAGGAGAAGGAACUCCCCAAAAAGUCCUCCAAAAAGGAGGACAAAAUCAAGAUCGGUGGCAGUAUGGAUGCGGAGUCGAUCAAAACGACCAAAAGCGCCCUAAGCCUGUUCCGGACACCGUCGCUUCCGCGUCGCCUUAAGUUUAAGCACAUCUCCGACCUAACGCCCAAGAAAGCUUCCUCGAAGGAGGAGAAAGCGAACCGCCUCGCAACAACGCUUGAAACGGCGGAGAAGCCAUCGGAUGCGCCCAGCAAGGUACCACCGAUCGUGCAGCUCUACAACAAGAUCGACGUGAACAAAGAAGCGCUGGGAAAGGCGCGGGAAGAAAAUGAACAGCUUAAGGCAAAGAUGGUCGAGCUGCGGGCCGAACAUCAGCGUGCGGAACUCGAGCGGAUGAGCGUGCUGGCGGAGAAGGAGAAUCAGAUUGUGCUGCUGGAGCGUGAGCUGACCAGCAUCAGCAAGGCGGACGAACUGUUGCAGCACAUUGCGGAGGGAUGUCUGGAGAAGGUGAAGGAGUACGAGCGGGAGAUUCGCGACCUGCACCAAAACUAUGAACGUCAGCUGGGCGACAUGCACGACUCCAAGACGGAGCUGGAGAUCCGGUACGAUGAGCUGCUCGUGGUGCACAAGAUGCUGCAGAACGAUUACGAUGUGAUCGAGGGUGAGAAUCACUUCCUGAACGAAGAGAUGGUUGCACUGCGCGAGAUCCUCGAGGCGCACGAUAUGGAGCUGCAGAAGAAAACGGACGAGAUCAAGCUGAUGGAGGACGGGUUGAAUGAGCUCGUGAUCGAGGGCCGUGAUCUGAAGGAGCAGGUGAAGUAUCUGAAGGCACAGGCCGAGGAGGAUAUGCUGCGGUACGUGGAGGAGGGUCGUAACACGAUCCGAGAGAUUGAUCAGCUGAGGCAGGAGAAUGCCCGUCUGCUGACGCUGCUGGCGGAGAAGGGUGCGAUUGUGGCGGGUAUGCAGGAGGAGCUUAACGAGCGUCAGUUCGAGAUGGACGACAUGCGGAACGAUAUUCGGAACGAGUUUAACCAGGAGCUGAGCGCGGUAUGCAAAAAGCAUGAGGCCCAGAUCGCCACCAUGACGGAGCUGAACGAGAUGAAGAUCAAGGAGUGUGAGUCGAUCUUUGUGCUGGAAAAGUCGAAACUGGUGAAGGAACAUUCCGAUCGGAUUAAGCGGCUGGAGAAGGAGCAUCAGCGUGAGAUCGAACGGAUCGGUGAGCAGGCGGAGGAAAAGAUCCGCAUUGCGGACAUCCAGAACGAGGAGCGUGUGAAGGCGCUGGAACUUUCGAUUCAGAGUUCGAUUUCGGCCGCACUUGCCAGUGAGAAGAUGCACUGGCAGAAGGAGCUGGACAAGUGUCAGAAGAUUGCCGAAACGGAAAUCAUGCAGAGUGAGUUCGAGAAGCGUGAUCUGCGCACACUCUGGGAGGCUUCGAACGAGGUGAUCAAGGACAAUGAGAACAAGAUCGCUGAGCUGGAGCGUCGACUGCACGUGGAGUUGGAACCGGGUGCAAAGUCUCGCGAUGAGCUGGAGACGGAAGUGCGCGAUAUGUCGCUUGAAUGUUCGCGGCUCAAGACGGAAAAGUACAACUAUCAGCUGACACUGAACAAUACUCGCUCCACGGUCAAUAUCUUGAUGGAGCGACUGAAGAAAUCGGAUGGAGAUGUGGAGUUGUUAAAGGCGGAGCUGGAGCAAGUUUUGCGGAGUAAGACGGAGAUUGAAACGGCCAACAAUAAGCUGCGCGAGGAGGUGACUGAGUAUCAGCGUGUGCUUGGUGCGCUGCAUGCUUCGUCCAGCUUGCUGGAGAAGGAAAUGCGCGAAAAGAACGAAGUGUUUGAGAAGUUGAUGAGCUCGGAAGAGGACGCCAUACUGACGGUGUCGCAGAUUGGGAAACUGUUUAACGAGCGUAUGGAGCAGAGCAUGGGCCGCUAUCUGGAGAUGUACGAGGAGUUGAAGAAGAAGUACGAUGCGCGGGAAGCAUACAUCCAGGAUCUGAAGGCACUGUUGGACGAGUUCGCCAACGGCAUCGAACUUGCACGCAUCGAGCUGGAUACGAAGGAUAAGAAGAUUUUCGAGCUGGAAAAUGAGAACAAAAAUAUCAAGCUGGAAAACAUGACCAUACGGUUUCGGUGUGAACAGUUCGAGAAGUACAAUCAGGGCGAAAGCCGAGUGCCACAGCCAUCGCCGGAGUUGCAGAUAUGCAGCAGUCAUCACAGCGAGAUGGAAGAGGAUGAACGGUUGGUACCGAACUUUUUGAUCGAAAACAUCAUCAACCAGCUGGAGCAGGAUGGGAUGUCGGAUAAGGACCCUCUAGGUACGAUUCAGGAGAUUAUCGAAGGUAGCACCGAGCAUCCGAAUGGGACAGAAAUUAUCGAUAAGCUAAAGGAAACGGAAGAAAAGCUUCGCAUUGUGGAAGAAUUUGCCAAAGAAACGUCGGAUAAAUAUACGGAACUGCUGGAGAAUCAAAACAAUCGGCAAAAGAUGAAGAACCUGGAAUGCAAUAAGGAUCAGCAGCAGCUUAAAGCGAAAAUUGCCAAAUUGCAAGAGCUCAACAAGAAGCAGGAAAACACAAUCCAAACGCUACAGCAGCAGCUCUCCACCUUCGAUUCGCCCCAGAAGAUGAACGGUUCGGUGAAAUACCUAUCAGCAACGGCCAGUCCAAAGACGCCAAAGAAGCUGAUCGUUUCACCGUUCCCCGGCAAGGAGAAUCGCUCGCCGGCACAGGUCGGUGUGUUCAGCCCACGGUCGAACGUGCUGAGGGCGCGAAACAACUAGAUGUGAUCGUAACAUCACGUG